AUGAUGGCUAUGAAUAGAGGAAUAGGAGGAGGAGGAGGAGGAGGAGGGUCGUUUUCACAGGGAAACAGUGAAGGUUGUGGAGGAGAUGAUCUAUAUAUGGAGUUAUGGAAGGCAUGUGCAGGUCCACUAGUGGAUGUUCCCAAGCGUGGGGAAAGAGUAUUUUAUUUUCCUCAGGGUCAUAUGGAACAGUUGGAGGCAUCAACAAAUCAGGAAUUAAAUCAGACGGUUCCUUUGUUUAAUCUGCCUUCGAAGAUUCUCUGUCGUGUUAUUCAUACUCAGCUGCUGGCUGAACAAGAUACAGAUGAGGUUUAUGCACAGAUUACUUUGCUGCCUGAAUCAGAUCAAACUGAACCUACAAGUCCUGAUUCAUGUCCAUCUGAGCCUCCAAGACCUACAGUUCACUCGUUCUGCAAGGUGUUGACUGCCUCUGAUACGAGCACCCAUGGUGGAUUUUCUGUUCUUCGUAAACAUGCCACCGAAUGCCUUCCUCCACUGGAUAUGACCCAGCCAACCCCAACUCAGGAAUUGGCUGCUAAGGAUCUGCAUGGUUAUGAAUGGAGAUUUAAGCAUAUUUUCAGAGGUCAACCAAGGAGGCACUUGCUCACCACAGGUUGGAGUACAUUUGUUACCUCCAAGAGAUUAGUUGCUGGGGAUUCGUUUGUCUUCCUCAGAGGAGAGAAUGGGGAAUUGCAUGUUGGGGUGAGGCGUGUUGCUUGCCAACAGAGCAGCAUGCCAUCAUCCGUGAUUUCCAGUCAGAGCAUGCACCUUGGAGUUCUUGCAACGGCUUCUCAUGCUGUUUCAACUCUAACUCUCUUUGUGGUAUAUUAUAAGCCAAGGACGAGCCAGUUCAUCAUAAGCUUGAACAAAUAUUUAAAGGCUGUUGGCAAUAAGUUUGCAGUUGGCAUGAGAUUCAAGAUGAGGUUUGAAGGCGAGGAUUCUCCUGAAAGAAGGUUUUCGGGAACAAUUGUUGGGGUUGAAGAUUUUUCUCCUCAUUGGAAUGAUUCUAAAUGGCGAUCACUGAAAGUUCAAUGGGACGAACCUGCUUCUAUUCCAAGACCUGAUAGGGUUUCACCUUGGGAGAUAGAACCCUGUGUGGCAUCAGUACCGACAAACCUGUCUCAACCAGUUGCACAAAAAAAUAAAAGGCCCCGACCUCCAAUUGAAAUUCCAGCUCUUGAUUUAUCUUCAACUGCAUCAACUCCUUGGAAUUCUGGAUUGACACAGUCCCAUGAUUUAACUCAACUGAGUGUUACCGGUGAAGGCAAAAGAAAUGAAAAUAACGUGAUGUGGCAUCAAAAACAGAUUGAUAUUAAUGGUCAUAGCAACUCUCUGACAAGGACUCAGGCUGAAGGGGGCUGGUUAUCUUCUCCUCACGUGAAUGUUUCUCAGCAUCUUUUUCCGGAUGUCAUGGAGGAUAGCAAAAGUGCUUCCCCUUGGCCUGUAUUCUCAGGCUAUUCAACUCCCCUCUCGUCUAAAUCGAAGAAUGAUCCAAUCCCUGACCCAUCUGAUAAGGGGAGGAGAACUGAGGUGCCUACUAGUUAUCGAUUAUUUGGCAUUGAUCUCGUAAAUCAUUCCACGAGCUCAACUCCUAUUGAAAAAGUGCCUGAACAGCCGAUCAGUAUAUGUAGUGGUGCCACCGAAGGACAUGUUCUUGGUUCAUUGUCUGCAGUUGAUUCUGACCAAAAAUCUGAAGUUUCCAGGGAAAAGAAACCAGAACAGUUACAGAUAUCACCAAAAGAAAUUCAGAGUAAGCAAAGUUCUAUUUCCACUAGAAGUCGCACAAAGGUUCAAAUGCAGGGGAUUGCUGUUGGUCGGGCCGUGGACUUGACCACGCUAAAGGGGUAUGGUCAGCUUAUAGAUGAGCUGGAGCAGUUAUUUGACAUUAAGGGACAGCUUCACCCUCGGGAUAAGUGGGAAAUCGUCUAUACUGAUGACGAAGGAGAUAUGAUGCUUGUCGGUGAUGAUCCAUGGCCUGAGUUCUGUAACAUGGUGAGAAGAAUCUUUAUAUGCUCAAGUCAGGACGUCAAAAAGAUGAGUCCGGGUAGCAAACUUCCCAUGGAAGGUAGGGUUGGGGUCAUUGAAGCUGUUAGAGGCCCAAGUGUGGCCUCCCCUGAAUUUCACACGCUUGUGGAGAAAUAG